GCCAGCCUCUGUGUUAGUCAUCACUAUACUCACAGGCUUACAGCCAGUGCCAUCCCAUUUCCCCCUGUUCUACAGCAGACGGACUGAAUGAGUUCCUCUAAUCCCUGUGUUCCUUAUCCCCCAUCUCUCUAAAACCCUUCUCUGAAAGAAGAAUAACUAUAGCUGCGGGGAUAAUAUAGCUUUAAGGAAACUUUUGGCAGAUGUGGACGUCGUAACAUCUGGGCAGUGUUAACAGAAUCCCGGAGGCCGGGACAGACCAGGAGCCACUCGUUCUAGGAAUGUUAAAGUAGAAGGUUUUUUCCAACUGAUGAGAGGCACAGAGAGGAAAGAAAAAGAGGAGGAGAGAGAAAAAAGGCACAAAAUACCAUAAAACAGAUCCCAUAUUUCUGCUUCCCCUCACUUUUGGAAGCUAACUGAUGGCUGACUUCUGAAAGUCACUUUCCUUUGCCCUGGUACUUCAGGCCAUACACAUCUUUUUUUGUCUCCAUAAUCCUCCCUUUCAAGGAUGGCCAGUCAACUAACUCAAAGAGGAGCUCUCUCUCUGCUGCUCUUCCUAACUCCGGCAGUGACACCAACAUGGUAUGCAGGUUCUGGCUACUAUCCAGAUGAAAGCUACAACGAAGUAUAUGCAGAGGAGAUCCCACGGGCCCCUGCCUUAGACUACCGAGUCCCCCGAUGGUGUUACACAUUAAAUAUCCAGGAUGGCGAAGCCACGUGCUACUCACCGAGGGGAGGAAAUUAUCACAGCAGCCUGGGCACGCGUUGUGAGCUCUCCUGUGACCGGGGCUUUCGACUGAUUGGAAGGAGGUCUGUGCAAUGCCUGCCAAGCCGUCGUUGGUCUGGAACUGCCUACUGCAGGCAGAUGAGAUGCCACGCACUGCCAUUCAUCACGAGUGGCACUUACACCUGCACAAAUGGGGUGCUUCUUGACUCUCGCUGUGACUACAGCUGUUCCAGUGGCUACCACCUGGAAGGUGACCGCAGCCGAAUCUGCAUGGAAGAUGGGAGAUGGAGUGGAGGCGAGCCUGUAUGUGUAGACAUAGAUCCCCCCAAGAUCCGCUGUCCCCACUCACGUGAGAAGAUGGCAGAGCCAGAGAAACUGACUGCUCGAGUAUACUGGGACCCACCAUUGGUGAAAGACUCUGCUGAUGGUACCAUCACCAGGGUGAAGCUUCGGGGCCCUGAGCCUGGUUCUCACUUUCCCGAAGGAGAGCAUGUAAUUCGUUACACUGCCUAUGAUCGAGCCUACAACCGGGCCAGCUGCAAGUUCAUUGUGAAAGUACAAGUGAGACGCUGCCCAACUCUGAAACCUCCACAGCAUGGCUACCUCACCUGCACCUCAGCGGGGAACAACUAUGGUGCCACCUGUGAAUACCACUGUGAUGGCAGUUAUGAGCGCCAGGGGACCCCCUCCCGGGUCUGUCAGUCCAGCCGCCAGUGGUCAGGUUCACCACCAAUCUGUGCUCCUAUGAAGAUUAAUGUCAACGUCAACUCAGCUGCUGGUCUUCUGGAUCAAUUCUAUGAGAAACAGCGACUCCUCAUCAUUUCAGCUCCUGAUCCCUCCAACCGGUAUUAUAAAAUGCAGAUCUCUAUGCUACAGCAAUCCACCUGUGGACUGGAUUUGCGGCAUGUGACCAUCAUUGAGCUAGUGGGACAGCCACCACAGGAGGUGGGGCGCAUCCGGGAGCAACAGCUGUCAGCCAACAUCAUCGAGGAGCUCAGGCAAUUUCAGCGCCUCACUCGCUCCUACUUCAACAUGGUGUUGAUUGACAAGCAGGGUAUUGACCGAGACCGCUACAUGGAACCUGUCACCCCUGAGGAAAUCUUCACAUUCAUUGAUGACUACCUACUGAGCAAUCAGGAAUUGACCCAGCGCCGGGAGCAAAGGGACAUAUGCGAGUGAACUUGAGUUAGGGCAUGGUUGAAGUCAAGGGAAAGGCUCCUCUAGUUAGCUGAAACUGGGGCCUAAUAAAAGGAAGAAAUGGUUUCCCACAGUUCCAGGGACAGGACUGAGGUGGGUGAGUUUGCCGAAUCCUACAAUGUUUCCAGGCAUCCUUUCAGGGCUGUUGAAUAGUUUCCCCAGAAGCUAGGCAGGGACUGAGGACAGGCCCUGCCUGGGCAGUGGGUUGGGGGUAGAAGUUCUUCCUUUCCUAACCUGGGCCUCUGCCCAACUCUCCAAAGUCUUUCAGAAAAGUAAAUCCUAAAUUCACUCGAACUGGCUGUUUUAACUGGGUCCUCUACCCUGAGGUGACAGCAGAGGGCAGCACAAGCACAACAGACAACCAGCUUACACUUUAAGCAAGUGUAGCUGAAUUUUCCUUAUAGUAUUGCGGGGUAGGGGGCGGGGUAGCAGGGUACAAAACAUUCUUGAACUUGCUUGUCAUUUCCCCUUCUAGGGCAUUGGGUAGCAAAUGUUAUCUGAACCAUUUCUUCACUGUUAGGAAAACAUUGCAGUAGGAGGAUGUAUCCAAUCAGAGCAGAAAGGUACCCUCCAGCUGGCUCAUGGGCAAGAACCCCUUCUUCCUGAGGCCUCCAGUUUUUGUAGCAAAAGGCAAACAGUUCUCGUCCUUCAUCAGAGGGGCCCCCAACUUGUUACUUAGGAAACUUCAAAACCACCACUGCAGGUUGUAGGGAAAGAAAAGAAAAACAGACUCAGCCUCCUGUAUUAACUUCUUCAGAUACUCAUCCCCUUAUGAGAGAUGGCACAGAGCAUGUGGAAGUUAUAAAAACACAAAAGCAUUACCAGGCCUAAAAAUAAAUUCAAAGUGGAGCCACACACAGAUCCCUGCUCUGACUUCAGUCUCUCUCAA